AUGCCGGGGGACCAGCCCCAACUCAUCGUGAUCUCUGUGGCCAGCCAUGGUCGGCAGCCACUGGACACUGAGCUGCCAGCAAUUUUAGCCUCCGAUGCUGUGUCCCCUAAGAGCGAUACCGGUUCCGUUGACUUGGAUUCCCAGAUAUGCCGUCCUUUGGAUUCAGUGACAGGACGAAAGCUAAAAGUUUUGCUCGUGAUCGACACCUGCCGUGAGAAUGAACGUAUUGGCACCUGGACUGGCAAUGCAGAAACACGGCUGAAGCGUUUGCACUGGAGCUCCAAAACGGAUUUUCAAAUCGUGCUGGCCUGUGACAAGGGCAGAUUGGCCAGCGAGGAGCAGUCAUUAACUGGCGCGCUCAUUCGUGAACUUCAAUCUUCUAACAAGGACCUAGACACAAUCUGCAGAGCCGCGCAGGCGCAGAUCGAUGAGCAGAGCUCAGGAAAACAACGUCCACCGAUACACUCUCGGGGAAGCUUUUCCGACAUCCAUCUGUCAGGCAAGGUAGUGAAACCGGCUUCCAGCAUAUGUCUCGAUCUGGGACAAUGUCAGAAGCUGCUUCUAGCAGCUGGCAUGUUGGCUGCAGUCGACGUGUUGCUGUUUUGGGCAUUGCUGCAGCGUGUGGACAUGGCGUGCACCAACAUAACCCACGAACAAAGGCACUUGGCAUGUCCUGCCACAUCGUGUUUCUGCACUGACUGCGAUCCGUCAAACAUGUUGUUAAACAUGUUCUUGAGCCGUUUCGGGGGUGCCACCGAAGAUUCUGUCCCGCCACAUGUCUCCAAUCGGUCAGCGAUGUUCUUGACCCGGUACUCUGCUGUCGACGAAGAUGCUGUCUCACCACGCGUCUUCAAUCGGACUGCGAUUACACUGUUCUGCGAGUUUCCUGUGGCUGGGUCUCUUUUUACGUGA